AUGUCUGCUCAGAAAAGAUUGCUCACUCAAGAUGACUUGGAAUCGUGGAAACGUUCGCAAACUUUUGAGCACCUUAUUGAGUUCAUUGUAGAACUUGCGGAUUCGGUUAAGGGCUUUGAGAAUAACCAGUACCAAGUUCCCAUUGGCGAACCUGUAGAAAAAUGUUCUACACUAUUAGAUGAGAUAAGUGCUCUUAUUGAGCUGUUUCCCGUUGAGGAAGAUGCCGGAACGUCAAGAUUUGGUAAAGUAGAAUUUCGCUAUUUCUACAAUGAACUGAAGGCCAGAUCCAGUGCCCUUAUUUCUCAGGCUUUUCCACGCCUGAAGAAAAGCCAAACUGAGGAACUGGCUGUCUAUCUGAGGGAAUCAUGGGGGGACUCUAGAAGGAUUGAUUAUGGCUCAGGACAUGAGCUAAACUUCAUGUGCUUUCUGUACGGACUUCGCGUGUAUGGAAUACUUAGCCCUUCUCAGAACAGGAAUAUUGUGCUGAAGCUAUUCGUACGAUAUCUUUCAAUCAUGAGGGUCCUGGAGACAAAAUACUGGUUGGAACCUGCAGGUUCGCAUGGGGUGUGGGGUUUGGACGAUUAUCAUUUCUUGCCCUUUUUAUUCGGCGCUUUCCAACUCUCUGUUCAUAAACACCUAAAACCGAAAUCUAUCCACAAUGCAGAGACUGUCGAGAUGUUUGCAGAUAGAUAUUUGUAUUUUGGAUGCAUUGCAUUUAUAAAUCAAGUCAAAACGACAGCCUCAUUGAGAUGGCACUCUCCCAUGUUGGACGACAUCAGUGGCGCAAAAAGCUGGACAAAGGUUGCAAAAGGUAUGGUCGAAAUGUACAGAAUAGAAGUAUUAGGGAAGUUGCCCAUAAUGCAGCACUUUUUCUUUGGGUCGUUUUUGGAGUGUCCAGAGGGAGUUUCACCACCAAACUCUCACGCAGAAGACGACCAUGGUCACUGUAGUCACGGGCCUCUACUCAAUACUUGGGGAGACUGUUGUGGGAUUAGAGUUCCGAGCGCUGUUGCCGCAACAGGAGCUAAAAGAGCUGGUCCCAAAAUAUUACCGUUUGAUUAG